CUCCGCCCCGCCGCCAUGUACCGCUGUCUGGGCGAAGCGCUGCUGCUGUCCCGCGUGGGGCCCGCUGCCCUGGGGUCGGCGGCGGCCGACUCGGCCGCGCUGCUGGGCCGGGCCCGCGGACAGCCUGCCGCCGCCCCGCAGCCGGGGCUCGCGCCGUCCUCCCGGCGACACUACAGCGAGGCGACGGCCGACCGCGAAGACGACCCCAACUUCUUCAAGAUGGUGGAGGGCUUCUUUGACCGCGGUGCCAGCAUCGUGGAGGACAAGCUGGUGGAGGACCUCAAGACCCGGGAGAGCGCGGAGCAGAAGCGGAACCGGGUGCGCGGCAUCCUGCGGAUCAUCAAGCCCUGCAACCAUGUGCUGAGCCUGUCCUUCCCCAUCCGGCGCGACGACGGCUCCUGGGAGGUCAUCGAGGGCUACCGGGCCCAGCACAGCCAGCACCGGACGCCCUGCAAGGGAGGUAUCCGUUACAGCACUGAUGUGAGUGUAGAUGAAGUAAAGGCUUUGGCUUCUCUGAUGACCUACAAGUGUGCAGUGGUUGAUGUGCCAUUUGGGGGUGCCAAAGCUGGUGUUAAGAUCAAUCCUAAGAACUAUACUGAUAAUGAAUUGGAAAAGAUCACAAGGAGGUUCACCAUGGAGCUGGCAAAGAAGGGCUUUAUUGGUCCUGGCAUUGAUGUGCCUGCCCCAGACAUGAGCACAGGCGAGCGGGAGAUGUCCUGGAUUGCUGACACCUAUGCUAGCACCAUAGGGCACUAUGAUAUUAACGCCCAUGCCUGUGUCACUGGUAAACCCAUCAGUCAAGGUGGAAUCCACGGAAGGAUCUCUGCUACUGGCCGGGGAGUUUUCCACGGGAUUGAAAACUUCAUCAAUGAAGCUUCCUACAUGAGCAUUUUAGGAAUGACACCAGGGUUUGGAGAUAAAACAUUUGUUGUUCAGGGUUUUGGUAAUGUGGGCCUGCACUCUAUGAGAUACUUGCAUCGCUUUGGUGCUAAAUGUGUUGGUGUUGGUGAAUCUGAUGGGAGUAUAUGGAAUCCAGAUGGUAUUGACCCAAAGGAACUGGAAGACUACAAAUUGCAACACGGAUCAAUCCUGGGCUUCCCCAAGGCAAAGCUUUAUGAAGGGAACAUCCUGGAGGCUGACUGUGACAUACUGAUCCCUGCUGCCAGCGAGAAGCAGCUGACCAAGUCCAAUGCACCCAGAAUCAAAGCCAGGAUCAUUGCUGAGGGUGCCAAUGGACCGACGACUCCAGAAGCUGACAAGAUUUUCCUGGAGAGGAACAUUAUGGUUAUUCCAGAUCUCUACUUGAAUGCUGGAGGAGUGACAGUAUCUUACUUUGAGUGGCUGAAGAACCUAAAUCAUGUCAGCUAUGGCCGUUUGACCUUCAAAUAUGAAAGGGAUUCUAACUACCACUUGCUCAUGUCUGUUCAAGAGAGUUUGGAAAGAAAAUUUGGAAAGCACGGUGGAACUAUCCCUGUUGUGCCCACAGCAGAGUUCCAAGACAGGAUAUCGGGGGCAUCUGAGAAAGACAUCGUGCACUCUGGCUUAGCUUACACUAUGGAGCGCUCUGCCAGGCAAAUCAUGCGCACGGCCAUGAAGUAUAUAACCUGGGGUUGGACCUGAGAACAGCUGCCUACGUCAACGCCAUUGAGAAAGUUUUCAAGGUGUACAACGAAGCCGGUGUGACCUUCACAUAGAUGGAUUGUAGCUGACUUCUUCACUGCCCUCUUCACCUCUUCAUCUGUAGCCCUAUCAUCACAAGUUUACGUGUAACCACAGAAAUCCUUCUCUCAUGACUUCAUAGGUAAUGGAUGCCAUUCUCAACAAGUCAAUCCAAAUCAGUCCCUUAAAAAAAAGAAAUUAAGGUUAGGGGAUCCUGUACAAAGAUGAUGAGUGUGAAAGUAGCAAUGACCGAUGCCACAGAGCUAUUGGGUACUUUGCCUUUAAAUCAAACGUCUCUUCUGUCUGGCCGCGCUGCCUUGCUCCCCGGCUGCCUCCCCCAGCUGUCAGAGCUGAGGCUGGGAGAGGACCUGCUGGCCAGGCGCAGUCGCUUGCUGCUUCAGCUCUGGACAAGUCUGAGACAGGCCAUAACUGACACGCUUCAAAAGCAGGGGUGUGGCAUUUUCAGAAGGUGGCAUGGACCUCAAGUGAGUUAUUGGUAUUUUAUAUCAGCAAAAGAACUCAAUUUUACAGAUUGCAAACAAAAAUAAAAGCUAUUUCUCUUUAUACAUUUUAUUCUUUUAGAAUAAAAUAAGUACAUGCUGCUGUAAUAAAAUUGCCUUUAAUCACUCAGUAAGCCUAACCUUGACUCAAGCAGUGAAUGCCUAUAAACAUAAUGAAUGAAAAAAGCUAGUAUUUUUAUAACAAAACAGUAUCAUUUAUAGCUUAUCAAUAGUAUAUUGUUGUCCCGCAAAACAAAAAGCCCAGUGGAGAGUUAAGUUACCUUCAUACAUAUCAUUCAGUAGCACAUGAUGGAGGCUAUUUUUGUUAAGACUGACUUGAAAUUUACUAACCACAAUUAUGACAAAUAGUCCAAAGAAUCCUGUAACCUCAUUAUCAUGUUAAUUAAUUGGUCUUCUCUUUUGAAAAUCUGUUGUGUUGACUGAUUAAACAAUAAUUUACAUAGAGUCCCAGAAAAACCCACGUGGCUCCCUCUGGAGUCUGGCUGGCGGCUCUGAGCUUUGCCGAUGGCCCAGCUCGCCCUGACUGUGUCCUCUGCAGAGGCCUCGCAUUCUACACGCAGCUUCCUUACAGCGGCCUGAAAACAACCUGGGGUAGAGUGUUGUGUUUGGGAGUUAUUUUGCCAGGGCCUUUUGAAGUAGUGUCCCAAUGAAGUGCUAGAUAUUAUUUAUGUAAGAAUGAGCUUUUUUCUUUUUUUAACGAUAAUAUCCUUUCAGAAAUUUCUAACUACUUUGUAACUGCAUGACUUAACCUGGUGAUAAAAGCAGUUAUUAAAAGUCUACCUUUUCCAAAAAAAAAAAA